CUACGCUCGUAGUCGUACUCCAUUAACUUCAUCUCCUCUCCCGUCGACUGGCCCGAGCUUCCCAGGGCGAGGAGCGACGAUGAAGCUGCUCUGCGUCCUCGCGGCGGUCCUCGCCCUCGCGUCCGUGGAGCCCGCCGUCUCGUCCCCCCGGCGCUACGACUCCAUCAUCACCUUCGGCGACUCCUUCACCGACACCGGGAACGCUGUCGUCGUCCUGGCGGAGAAAUCGCGGUUCGACCCGACGGUGCAGCCUCCCUACGGCAUGACCUUCUUCGGCCGCCCCACGGGCCGCUACUCCAACGGCCGCCUCAUCAUCGACUUCAUCGCUGAGAAGCUCGGUCUGCCGUUUCUCCUGCCGUACCUCUCGCACAACGGCAGCUUCAGCGAGGGCGUCAACUUCGCCGUGGCGGGCGCCACCGCUCUCAACGCCAGUUUCUUCAGGGACAUCCCGCUUGUAGGCUCGUUUGUUCUCAACACCAGCUCCAGCGUGCAGCUGGGGUGGUUCCAGUCGCUCAAGCCGUCGCUGUGCAGCCCCGCCCAAGAGUGCCCGGGCUUCUUCCACAGGACGCUCUUUUUCAUGGGCGAAAUCGGCCUCAACGACUACAGCUUCGCUGUCUUCGGAAUGACCCUGCCACAGCUCAGAUCCAUCGUCCCCGACGUCGUCAAAACCAUCGCCGCGGCCACUGAGGCGCUACUCGGGCAGGGGGCGAAGACCGUGGUGGUCCCCGGGAUCCCGCCGCUGGGAUGCAUGCCGCCGAAUCUGGUCUUCUUCCCCAGUAACGAGACGGCAGGCUACGAGUCCAGCACCGGAUGCCUGAAAGGCCUCAACGAGAUAGCCAGGCACCACAACUCGGAGCUGCGGAAGGCCCUCGACACGGUCCGGGGAAACCACCCAGAUGCCCGGGUCAUCUACGCCGAUUUCUUCACCCCCGUCAUCGAGAUGGUGGAGUCUCCCUACAAAUUUGGGCUUACCACGGAUGUUCUGAGUUGUUGCUGCGGUGGAGGUGGCAAGUACAACUUCAACAUAAGCGCCGGUUGCGGUAUGCCAGGCGCCACGGUGUGCCAGGACCCGUCUCAAUAUCUCUACUGGGACGGCCAUUUCACCGAGGCAGCCCACCGCUAUAUUGCCAAAGGCUGGCUAAACAGCAUAAACAGUUGCAAACCCUGGUAGUAAUUGGAUGCUACGCGGAUUUGUAUACUUAUUACAACUUUUACUGAUCACCGAUAUACACGAGUCACCGAUACACAGGCUUGCCAAUUCGUCACGAGGUUUUCUAUGUAUUCAUUAUGGUUGUGGUUUCAUUCAUGUUUUCCCGAAAACGUGCCGACAUUUACAUCUGUUAAUGUGCCCAACCAUCUUUUCUUUUGUUGAGAUCAA